AUGACCACCGCAGCCGUCUACGGCGGGAUCUGGACCUUCGAGAACUACGGCCCCAUCUCAACAACAUUCACCCCGGCCCCUAGCUGUACGGCGACAGAGAGACUCUCACUCGGCGUGAUCCUCGAUGAUACAGUCCGGCCGCAAUUCCAGGUUGCUUGUCCAACAUCGACGAGUGAUUGGGACUGUAUGCCGCCCGGUACAACCACAUCGGCAACAUGGUACGAUGAGAAAAAGUGGAUUGCUUCUAAUGGAUACUAUUCGCCGGGACUGUACUGCCCUGCCGGUUGGGAAACGAUCGGUAUGGCGGCACGGGGCGAUAAGUCACUCAGUACCUCUGGAUUUCUGAUUACUUCCGAGGAUGUAGUUCCUUCUUGGGAACAGCCUGCGACACUGUUGGCGGGUGUUUUGGAGCCGAGUCAGACGAUGGUGCUUUGUUGUCCGAGUUCUAUGACACCGGAUGGUCUCGGCCAAUGCACAGCCGAAGUCCCGAGUUAUAAGCCAAGCGUUGGCUGCGAGGUCUACGUGGAUAACGACUAUGUUUGGGAGACGGUUACCUGGACACAUGUGUACUCCGGCACCACGGAGACACAAACAUGGGACGUAAAUUCAUUCGUGAGCGCUACAACAUCGACUUCCUCAAUCUCCUUCCCUCCUGAGGCCGAGACACUUUUGGCUGCUAUGUCUUAUGUUUCUGUGAUUACUAUGGUUCAUCAUCAGUCUGAUCUGGACGCAGCUGGGGUUACAAAGAAUUCUGUGCAAGCCACUUCGACGGGCACUAGCUCUAUCGGGGUUAAUGCUACAGGGACGGCCGCUUCCACGCCCAAUGCUGCCUACAAACUCGGGCCCAGGGGUUCUACUUGGGAUGGCUUCGGUGCAGUCCUCGGAGGUUCUGCUAUUGCAAUGACACUAGGUGUGUUCAUGAUCGUUCUGUGA